UCCAAGUCUUUUUUCUGGGCCUCUCAUUUAAAGGCAAGACAAACAGGAUGUAAUAGGUCACCACAAAAUCUUACCAGCUGGCCAAGACUGUCAUACAGCAGCCACAUGAUAGAUGGUCACAUGCAGAGAAAAUUUGUUUCAGUUUUCCCUGCAAUGGUCAAAUUUACACAUUAUAUAGUGUAAUUUUUAAUGUAUAUUACACACUCUCCUGUGCACAAAGUAUUACGUACAACGAUUACAUAGUAUUAUACUUAGGCUUACGGAAAAUCCUACCUGAAUUCAGGUUACAUGCCUGUGAACUUUAACAAAAUAUAAGUAAAAAAACAACGCCAAAGGUGGUUGAAAUUACUUUUGUCUACUUGCAUGGCACAAAAGGUUGACAUUAUCACUAAGCCAUUCGCGACAGGUGUCUAAUUCCUAUAAAUACAUUUUUUUUUGAAUUUUAGAAGGCAGCUGUGGCCUCACCUCUGCAGAAAUUCUAAAUUUGCCUAAUUAACUUAUGAAACAAAAAUUUUAGACUGGUUUUAUAUAUUCAGCAGGUUUCUGCUCGAUUUUUUUUUCAAGUUCUGUAUACAGCCACCACAGAAAAACUUCUCAAAAAUCCAAUAGCAGCAAUACAGUCCCAUCUAGGGGAAAGAGAACUGCUUUUCUAUAACUCUUUUUUUUCCCUCCCACACUGGACAAUACUGGCGGGUUGAGAUUUAACUAGAGAUGGGCUCCUUUUACAAGAUUGCUUAUAUAAAGCGAAGAUAACACCAGCUGGGUUCAUUUGAAAGACGACAUCUUGGGAAGAGCUGACAGCGCAGCCAUUGGAAUAAGACCGGAAUGAAGAUCUGAAAUACUUGGCCCCUUUCUGUCUUGUAGAUCACUGCAAGAAAUGGUGACUCUCACUAUUUAUCUGCUGGUCAUCUUGGCUCGAGCUCUUGCAGGGCCUUGCAGUCCAAAUAAAGCAGAUGUAAUUCUUGUAUACUGCUAUCCUAAAACCAUCAUUACCAGAAUUCCAGAGUGUCCUUAUGGAUGGGAGGUUAAUCAGCUGGCACUUGGAGGUGUUUGCUACAAUGGGAUCCAUGAUUCGGGAUAUUACCAAUUCAUAAUCCCAGACCUGUCACCUAAAAAUAAAUCAUACUGUGGAACACAGUCUGAGUUCAAGAACCCCGUUUAUCACUUCUACAACUCCAUCGUCUCCAAUGACUCCUCAAUAAUUGUGAAGAGCCAGCCUGUGAAUUACUCAUUCAGCUGCACAUACAAUGCCAACUACCUGGUGAAUCAGGCUGCCUUCGACCAAAGGGUGGCCACCGUCCACGUGAAGAAUGGGAGCUCCGGCUCAUUUGAAAGUCAGUUGUCCCUCAACUUCUAUUCUAAUGCCAAGUUUUCAAGUAUAAAAGAAGCCCCUUUCAUCGUUGAAACAUCAGAAAUUGGUUCUGACAUAUUUGCUGGAGUGGAAGCUAAGGGCUUAAGUGACAGGUUCAAAGUUGUUCUCAACAACUGCUGGGCAACUCCCUCCUCAGAGUAUUUCUACCAGAUCCACUGGCCGCUGAUCACCAAGGGGUGUGCCACAGACAACUCCAUCCUUGUGCAUGAGAAUGGGAAAACAAGCAGAGCGACAUUCCAGUUCAAUGCUUUCCGCUUCCGUAACAUCCCCAAGCUGUCCAAGGUCUGGCUGCACUGCGAGACGCACGUCUGCGACAGUGAGAAGUUCUCCUGCCCGGUGACAUGUGACAAACGACAACAGCGCAUGGAACAAACUGGAGGUGUUUUAGUGGUGGAGAUCACUGUACGCAGCAAAGGUUUAUCCAGAUUUUACACCCUUUCAGAUAUCAUCUUCCACCUAAUCUUUGCAAUUGGAUUUUGUGCUGUUUUAUUAUAAAAUGCAACACAGCUGUGUCUCAACUUUUCCCACUCCUGUUUGGAAUGGACUUCUUUACUAAAGAUGUUUAUUUUACAAAGGAAAAAUGAAAGUCAAAAAAAUUCUUGUGCACCAUUUUACCAGAUAAAUAAAAUAUUCCAUGAGCUUUGGGCCUUGAAUAUUGGAGAAUCCCAAACCAGAUUUGCUUCUCCCCAGUCUAUACAAGCAUUUUAAACUAGUGAAAACCCAAAGGUUAAGUAUUUUACCAAUGCCUUCUUUUAAAGAGUUGUGAUGCUAGCAGUACUUGUUUCUAAAAGGAGCACAGGGAUACGCAAACUCAGCUUUUUUGAAUACCAGAUUUCCUUUCAGGAGCCCUCUUCCCUGUUAGUCUCAUGUGGUACCAACCUCCCCUCCAGGCCAGGUCUUGCAAGGUCCUGUGAAGCCUUUGAACAAGAUGAAAACUAACAUACCAUGCCAGGGAUGACAGGAAAGGAUGCUUGUUAUGUAGCAAUAGUUAGAAGGUCCUCAGAAUUAGUCACCUGACAUUGCUCUCUUGCGUCUCAGCAUUGUCAGCGUCAAUCAGAUGGGUUGAGCACAACACGUGCUGAAGUAGGUACAGCACUGUUAGGAGUAGGAUGUCUUCCUGACUGACCAGGCUCAGUGCUGGACAACUGCGUGGUGUGGAUGCAAAUUAAACACAUGUGAAGCUGGAAAACCAGCUAAUGAGCUUUACACUUCCUUGGAGACCAGAUAGAAUAGGCUCCAGGUGUUAGAUCCAUCUCAGAGUAACAACAGCUCUUAAAUAGCUCUAAGAAGAAAUCACUGGAAAGGGAAAUCGUGAUUUCUAAAGAGCAGGAAAUAUCAGGGCAUGAAACAAUUGCUCAGCAGGAGUGAUGGUAGGUUAUUUACUUCCAGUAAUUACUAAAAUGAUACUGAACAAAACUCUUGAAAGUAUAAGAAGCAUUCCUAGGCCUUUUGCAUGAAACUUUCAGGAUCCUAAAAGUGAAAGAGAGAGUGACUACAGCUGUUACACCUCCUAUUAAUGAACACAGUGGGUGGACCUGUGUCUGUACAUACUGCAGCAUAAGCACAUUAUAGAAUUUUUGCUAUUGGUUUUAGAGAA